GAGCCGGGAGCCGUUAAGAGACUACAACGUCCCCGCACGCCCGGCGAGGUGCGCAGCGCCCUGCCUCUCUUUCUUCUUCUUUCUUCUUUCUUCUUCUUCUUCUUCUUUUUUUUUUUUUUUUUUUUUUUUGAGACGGAGUCUCCCUCUGUCGCCCAGGCUGGAGUGCAGUGGCGCGAUCUCGGCUCACUGCAACCUCCGCCUCCGGGGUUCAAGACUGCCUCAGCCUCCCGAGUAGUUGGGACUACAGGCGCCCGCCACCACGCGCGGCUAAUUUUUUGUAUUUUUAGUAGAGACGGGGUUUCACCGUGUUAGCCAGGAUAGUCUCGAUCUCCUGACCUCGUCAUCCGCCCGCCUCGGCUUCCCAAAGAGCUGGGAUUACAGGCGAAAAUCACCGCGCCCUGCCGCCCUGCCUCUCUUUCUAAGGCUAUGCCCAAACCCCGAGCCCGGAGCAUGCCGGGAUUGUAGUCCUGCAGUCCUGCAACCUAGGGACUGCGAGCGGUUAAGAGACUACAUCUCUCAGCAUGUCUAGCUAGGCGCGCACCGCCGUGUCCCCAGGGCUUCGCACCGCCCCCAGACUUGCGCAUGCUGGGAUUGUAAUACUGUCGCCUUGCCACCAACGGGCUAGGAGCGGUUAAGAGACUACAGCUCCCAGGAUGUACGGUGAUGGCACCCGUUUGGACUCCGCCCCUCUGCGCGUCUAGAGCUGUUCUCCCGUGCGGAGGGGAUCCUGGCUGUUCCCAAAUCUCGCCUGCCUGCGAGGAGCCAGCGUGCCCCGGGCAGCUGAUCUCAACCUGUGAUUGUGACAUCACCCCUACCUGAGGAAGCCUCUUUCAGCCUGCUCAAGUUUUUCAGAUUAACUAAGUAAUUCAUACUGUACAUUUCUGAAAUUGAAGUACGCACAGCUUCAAUUCUGUGCAGGGAGGAUGCAACAGGAGAGAAUAUCCUGGGCACAUCUUUCUGGAGAAUCAUUUUUACUACAAGAUUUGUAAGAAACAAAUUUAUUUCCAAGGGUGGCCAACUUGGGUGUCUUCACCUGCCAGGGUCAAGGACAAGGAUUGAAACGGGUGGGGCCUGGAGCCCUAGCCAAUCAGUGGCGCUAGCGUGAAACUGUCCAAUCAAGUGCGCAGCUACAGAGGAAGAGGCGGCCUCUUCAAUAUGGCGGGGCCUUUGUCUCCUAGCUUCCGGGCUCUGAUCCUAGUUCGCGUCUCCACUGUUCCAUCUCCUCCGUUCCUGGAGUUCCUCGGUGACUGUACCAUAGUUUCUGUUAUCCUGUGACCUGCAGGUACUGGGAGAUCCAUAGGGAGGACGGCGGAACAUCUGGAGGCUGGGAAAUGGGAGUGUUGACAUUCAGGGAUGUGGCUGUAGAAUUCUCCCCAGAAGAGUGGGAAUGCCUGGACUCUGCUCAGCAGCGUUUGUAUAGGGAUGUGAUGUUAGAGAACUAUGGAAACCUGGUCUCCUUGGGUCUUGCUAUCUUUAAGCCAGACUUGAUGACCUGUCUGGAGCAAAGAAAAGAGCCUUGGAAAGUGAAGAGACAGGAGGCAGUAGCCAAACACCCAGCAAUGACAUGAAAUCACUCUAGUCGCCCAUCAGUGGUGGAUUGGAUAAAGAAUAUGUGGUACCUAUAUACACAUUGAAAUACUACACAGCCAAAAAAAAUUGUGUUCUUUGUAGCAACACUGAUGCAGCUGAAAGCCCUUAUCUUAACUGGCUCUUUUCAUUUUACUGCAGAGAUAUUGCCGGAUCAUGACAUAAAAGAUUCAUUUCAAAAAGUGAUUCUGAGAAAAUAUGGGAGCUGUGACCUUAAUAAUUUACAUUUAAAGAAAGACUACCAAAGUGUGGGUAAUUGCAAGGGGCAGAAAAGCAGUUAUAAUGGCCUUCAUCAAUGUUUGUCAACUACCCAUAGCAAAACCUGUCAGUGUAAUAAAUGUGGCAGAGCUUUUCAGUUGUGCUCAAUCUUCACUGAACAUAAAGACAUUUUUAGCAGAGAGAAAUGCCACAAAUGUGAAGAAUGUGGCAAAGACUGUAGGUUGUUCUCAGAUUUUACUAGACAUAAGAAAAUUCAUACUGUAGAGAGAUGCUACAAAUGUGAAGAAUGUGGCAAAGCGUUUAAAAAGUUUUCAAACCUUACUGAACAUAAGAGAGUUCAUACUGGAGAGAAACCUUACAAAUGUGAAGGAUGUGGCAAAACUUUUACCUGCUCCUCAACCCUUGUUAAACACAAGAGAAAUCAUACUGGAGACAGACCCUACAAAUGUGAAGAAUGUGGCAAAGCCUUUAAGUGCUUCUCAGACCUUACUAAUCAUAAGAGAAUUCACACUGGAGAGAAACCCUACAAAUGUGAAGAAUGUAACAAAGCCUAUAGGUGGUUCUCAGACCUUGCUAAACAUAAGAUAAUUCAUACUGGAGACAAACCCUACAAAUGCAAUGAAUGUGGAAAAGCUUUUAAGUGGUUCUCGGCCCUUAGUAAACAUAAGAGAAUUCAUACUGGAGAGAAACCCUACAUCUGUGAAGAAUGUGGCAAAGCCUUUACCCGCUCCUCAACCCUUUUUAACCACAAGAGAAUUCAUAUGGAAGAGAGACCUUACAAAUGUGAAGAAUGCGGCAAAACCUUUAAGUGCUUCUCAGACCUGACUAAUCAUAAGAGAAUUCACACUGGAGAGAAACCCUACAAAUGUGAAGAAUGUGGCAAAGCAUCGAGCUGGUUCUCACACCUCAUCAGACAUAAGAGAAUUCAUACUAGAGAGAAGCUCCACAAGUGUUAAAAAUGUGGAAAAGCCUUUACCAAGUCCUCAUACUGUGUUCAACAUCUGAAAUUUAAUACUGAACAAAUGCAGUAUAAAUGUAAUGAGAGUGGAAGAACAUUUAUCAUCUUAGAGGGUCUCUAAGAACUUACUUUAUAAUCUGGUUGCUUAUAUGUUGGGUGCAUAUAUAGCCCUUUGCUAUUAUGUAAUGCCCUUUUUUUGGUUUAAUCUAUGUUAAUUUCAAGUCUGUUUUGUCAGAAACUAGGAUUGCAACCCCUGCUUCUUUUCCUGUUUUCUAUUUGCUUGGUAGGCUUUUCUUUUUCCCUUUAUUUUGAGCUUAUUUGAGAUGGGUGUCUUGAUUAAAGCAUACCAUUAGAUCUUGAUUCUUUUUUCAGCUUGCCAUCUGUGUUUUAAUUUGGGUAUUUAGCCCAUUUACAUUUAAGGUUAGUAUUCAUAUGUGUGGAUUGGAUUCUGUUAUUAGGAUCUUAGCUGGCUAUUUUGCACAUUUGUUUCUGUGGUUGCUUUAUAGUGUCCGCAGUUUGUAUACUUUAGUGUGCUUUUGUAGUGACUGGUAAUAGUCUUUUUCUUAUUUAAUGCUUUCUUCAGAAGCUCUUUUAAGACAGAUCCUGUGGUAACAUUUUCUCAGCAUUUGCUUAUCUGAAUAGGAUCAUAUAUAUUUUUUACUUCUGAAGCUUACCUUGGUCAGAUAUGAAAUUCUGUGUUGGAAUUCUUUUUUUAAGAAUGUUGAAUAUUGGCCCCUAAUCUCUUUUGACUUGUAGGAUUUCAGCUGAAAGAUUCGUUGUUUUCCUGAUGAGCUUCUUUUUAGAGGUGACCUGGCCUUUCUCUCUAGCUGCCUUUAACAUAUUUUUUCUUUCAUUUUGACCCUGGAGAAUCUCAUGAUUAUGUAUCUUGAGGAUGACCUUCUCGUGGGGUAUCUUACUGGGGUUCUCCACAUUUCCUGCAUUUGAAUGUUGGCCUCUCUAGGUUGGGGAAGUUCUCAUGGAUGGUAUCCUGAAAUACGUAUUUCAAGUUGUUUUCAUUCUCCCCAUCACUUUCAGGCAAUCUCUUGCAUCAUAGAUGUGGUUUCUUUACAUAAUCCCAUAUUUCUUAGAGGUUUUGUUCAUUCCUCUUUAUUCUUUUUUCACUAUUCUUGUCUGUCUGAUUUCAGAAAGCCAGUCUUGAAGCCCUGAGAUUCUUUCCUCUGCCUGGCCUAUUCUGCUGUUAAUAUUUGUGAUUACAUUAUAAAGGUUGUGUAUUGUGUUUUUCAGUUCUAUCAGGUUGGCCACAAUUUUUCUCCAGACUGGCUGUUUUUUCCGUCAGUUCCUGCAAUUUUUUUUCCUUCCUUGCAUUGGGUUGCAAAUUACUUUUGUAACUCAGUGAAGUUUGUUUCUACCCAUAUUCUGAAUUCUACUUCUGUCAUCUUAGGCCUUGCUGGAAACGUAAUUUGGUCAUUUGGAUGAAAGAAGUCACUCUGGCUUUUUGUGUUUUUAUCUUUGCACUGAUUGUGUCUCAUCUUUGUGGGCAUAUCUUUGAGGUUGCUGACCUUUGAAUGGGCUUUUUUUAAAAAUCCUAUUUGAUGGUCUUGAGUAUUUGAUUGUGGUAUAAGAUGGAUGCAGCCAACAGGCUUUGUUCCUGGGAGGUUUUUUUUGUUUUGUUUUGUUUUGUUUGGUGGUGGUGGUGGGUGGGCAAUGCUCAGCUCACAACUCAGAGGCUGCAUACUCUGACUCCGGGGGACUUGUUUUGAGCCCCAACUGUGUUCUCUGGCUCCUUGAGAUUUGGAGUUUGCGAUUUUGUGGGACUAAGGUGCCAUAGCUGGAGCAGAGUGCUAGUGGAUAUGGGGUUUCUGCCUGUCUUUGGGUAUUCACCUCAGUGGCAGGAGCAAAGCAGCUGGGAGGGGAGUGGGGGAUACCUGCUGGAGACUGUGUGCUGUUGCACUAAAGGUGGUGUUGGCUUGGGGCAGGAUACUGGCCAGUAAAGGUUUUGAUGCCUUCUCUGUGCCACCCAAGAAAGAGUGAUUGUUCAGAGUGUGGGAGGAUACCCUGUUCUCUGCACAGUGUUAGCACAAAGGCAGGGGUGGAGUUUUCUGGCUCUCUGCCCACCAAAGUUUCAUCUACAAUGGCAGUUGCUGGGGGUGGCGGGGCAUAUUGCAUUCCCAUUUGCUGGUGGGGCAAGCAAAGCCAAACCUGCCUUUGCAGACAUGUGCCAGCAAAGAAAUAUCAGGAGUUGCCAUGGUGUCACGGGAAGCUGCAGUAUGGGGAAGAAAUGUGGGCUGGUGCAGUCAUAGGGGCUGCUUUGCUGGAGCUCUUCAUGAGUCAGGCAUGUCCCUCCAGUGCAAAUGCUCUGGUAUGAGCUUCCAGGGUACCUGAGAAUGCCCUGUAAGCAGCUGUGGCCAGACUGGGUCCCUGGGAGAGGCCAGCAGACCAAGGAGUGCUUAGUUGGACCAGCUUCUUCUGAUUUGCAAGAUCAUCCUGCAGAAAUUAGGCCCAACAGUUCCCCUAGGGCUAAAGUCUCCUAUGGGAGAAAGUUGAGCCUAGAGAAAUGGCCAUCACUGGCCACACUUUACUACAGAUGCUCUUGCACCAAACCCUCUGGCCACCACAUGAGCUGGCUUGCUGCAUUAUCUCUUUGCCUGUCUUCUGGGGGCUGCAUCUCAGAGAGAUGUAGGUCAGCAGUUACUCAGUGCAGCCAGCCCAGGAUGGAGGAUCUUUCCUUUUGGCCAAGUUAGGGGUUUACUGUCUGCUGAGGAGCAGUGGGUAGUUUGUGGGACCCAUGGAGGAUGGGCUGGCUUCCUCUCCUUGGGUAAACUGCAGUUUGAGUUGUGAAUAAGGCACUUAGGGUUUGGGAUUUUUUAUUAGUCUGAGGGUAGCAAGGACAGUUGUACUGCAGAGGCCCCUGGAGGCUCUGUCCAGGGAGUUGCUAAGUUGCUGCUGGCUCAAUAGCUCUGGCAAUGAUUGGCUAGUGGCCCAGGCCUGGAGAACCUGCCUCGUGAGAAUAUAUGAGAACAGGCACUCACGUAACAGUCUGACCACUUCUGAAGGGCUGCUGCAGUAUGCUGGGUGUCCACUGCAGUUUCUAGUCACCUCAGGUUUUCCAGUACUGAAAGUUAUCACCACUGAAUGCUGCAAAACAGCAACAAUGGCAGCAUGCCCUGUUCUCUGGGAGCGCCAUCCCAGGGAGGUAUAGACCUGUUGCCAGCCCAAAAGCACCUCUAGGAGGUAGCUGGAAGCCCCUGUUGAAGGUCCUCCCCAGUGAGGAAAACAUGAUUGGGGACCCACUUAAGAAAGCAGUCUAGCCAUAUUUUUGUAGGACAGCUCUGCUAUUCAGAGGUACCACUUCCACCCCCAGUUUAUUUGGAUUCUCCAAAGCCAGAAGGCUGGAACAGCUAACUCACACAAACAGCAAAAAUGGCAGCUCACCUCUCCCUCUAGGAACUGUAUCCCAAAGAGGUUUCAAAACUCCAUCAACCAAAGAGCGCUGGUGGUGGUAGCUGGAGACCCUCAUUGGGAAGUACUUUCCAGUGAGAAGGAAUGAAACAGGGGACCUGCUUUAACAGGCAGUCUGGCCAUGUCUUUUUAGAGCACCUGUACUGGGCUAGGAGAUCCUUUCCGCCCCCCGGUCAGCUUGGGCUCUUCAAAGCCUGAAGGCUGGAAUGGCUAAGUUGCUCAAGCAGCAAAGAUGGUGGCCCACUCCUCUUUCUGGUAGCUCCAUCCCAGGGAGGUGCAGUGCUGCUACCAAUGGUUGGCUGGAAUCUAAGCCAGUAGGUCUUACCAUGUGAGGCAUUGUUGAAGUGGGUCCUACAGACCAUCACUAUCAGCCCCCUGGAUUCUGCCUCUUUCCUAUGGGUAUGUUCAGGGGUGUAACCUGCUUUGCUCGAGUUGCAGCUACUUUUUCUGGGAAGCCUGGAAAGCCAGUAUCUAAGGCUCUUGAAUCUGCGCAGGCCUAAGUGGCUGCUCUGCUGAGACUCCAUGUAGCUCUGUGUGUUAAACUGAAGGCCUUGGUGAAGUGGGUUCAUGAGGGUAUCUCCUCACCUGAAGGUUGUAGAGAUCUGUGGGAGAAUCAUGGGUUUCUAGGGUCACACAUGCACUCACUGCUUUACUGGGUGGGGAGGUUCCCUUGGCUCCAUGUUGUUCCCAGGUGGCCCAUUGUCCUGCCUUGCUUUAUUCCAUUCUCCAUAGAUUGUUUCUUUGAUUAUUCCCAAUGCAAGUACCUGGAUGUUUCAGUUGCAGGUGCUGUAUUUAUGUAUACCUUGCAUUCCUGUCUAUGAGAACUGCACAGUCUAGCUGCUUCUAGUCAGCAAUCUCGAUCACUUUUCUCUAAAGGGAACCUACUUUUUUAUAUUAAAAGGAUUCAAUAUUUUUCAAAAGCAAAUUUCGAUGUAAUUUAACUCUUACAUUUGAUGCUGUGUCUUCAUUUCUAGAAUUUAUGUGAAAGAACAUGGUCAGUGGUUGCUGCACCAGAGUUAUGAGAGGUUCUUCUAUAUUAGAUGAACAGAUUUAUAUACUUUUCCAUGGAAGAUUAAGUAAACUGAAACCUAAGAUACACGAAGAAAUUCUAAGUGGAAAGGCCACUUAGUAGUUAGUUUACAGCGGUAUCGUAAGUGACAGGAUGAUAGGAGUGUGGUAAGUGAUCAGGAUAAUAAUCUGCUUAGUAAGAGAAACAAUUUGAAUUUUAGAAGGAAAUUGCCUUACCAUUUGCAAAUUAAGGUAAUUAAAAUACAGUGAAUUUCAAAAUGCCUUUUUAAUGACAAUGUGUGAACUUAAUUUGUUUUAAUAAACCAAAAUUGUUGUUAUUGUGUUAAGGCUAUUUUACAUUGAAUGUGUAUCUUGCCACUGAUGUUAAUUUAUCCCAUCUUACCCAAGGUUGUAGGUAACAAUAUACUAUUGGGUGACAGUGGACUAACAACUCUAGUGAUCCCUUUGUCAGUGGUCUUUAACUUAAAAUAAUUUAGAGAAUAUGGUUUCUACAACUUACAUUUUUGUUUUCUUGUAACUACAGGUUAUUAUGAUGGUUGUAACGAAGAUUAUGAGUAUAAUUGGAGCUAUAUGUUUCUGAAUUCUGAACAACUAUUUAUAAAAUUUUAUCCUACUUUUUUCUGUUGAACAUAUGACUUCUCUGGUCUGCUAAACACAUACAGACCUUUAGUUUUGGUUUACAUGGAUUUAAAUAUAUAGAUAUAUCACUGUAAAAUAAACUUCAGGUGUAACAGAUUUAUAGAGAAAGUAAUCAUAUUUGUUUAUGGUUGUGUACCUACUUUGAGAAGAAAAGAAAAAUAUUAGAAUGAACAGAUAAUUUUACAAGUGUUGAUCACUUACCAGCAAACCAGAAACUUCAAAGAUUUUGAAAGCAAAUCUAUUUUCUCUGCUGUGUAUUAAAUUCAUUUAUCUAAAAUGUUAUUGCUCCUGGCUUAGAAUCAUCUUGUGCAAAUUCUCUUUUUUUGUUGUUUGUCUGUUUGCCUGUUGCUCACCAUAGACAUAAUACAUAAUUUUCUUUUCAUAAAACAUUCUUUGUAUAAUCACCUCAGAGAUUAUGAAAGUGACUUUGAUAAAAUUUAAUGGUGUUCACAAAAUAAUUUUCACGUGAGUAAUUUCAUAGUGCGUGUAUUGUAUGUUAUUUAGUGUAUUUUAUAUUUUGUUUCAAUUAGAGAAUGCUAUUGAAUCCAAUUUUUGUUUAGUUACUGUUCAUUUUACUUUAUAAAAUUUACAUAAUUGAGUUUAUUAAAUUUAUUGGGCCAAUUUAA